AUGGCAGAUACAUUCCAAGAAGAAACUACAAUUAAAAGUUGUUUAAAAACUGUAUUAGAAAUAUCUAGAAAUCACGUUGAAACACUGAAUGGAUCUAACGAAAUAAUUAGAAAAAUCAAAGAUAAUACUAAAAUUGAUUUGGUUGUUAUAGCUGAAGAUCUUAAAGGAGAUCAUAAAGAGACAAUUUUGGGUCUUUGUGCUGAGAAAAACAUUCCUGUUUUAAAGAUUGAAAAUAGAAAGGAAUUGGCAAGUGUUGCUCCUUUUAAAGUUAAAAAACUCGGUGCUAUUGCUAUAAAGAAUUUUAUGGUUGAAACUAAAGAAUCAAUUUUUAUUAAGAAUUCUUUAUAA